AUGUCGCGCAGGGAAUUCUCGCCAGUUGCGCCGCCAGCGGCGGUUCUCGCUGCCCUGCUGCUCAUCGCAGCGGCAGCUGGCGGAGUGCGAGGCGGGAAUGCUGCGCAACCCCGCAAGCUGGCCGCGGGCGGAAGCGGAAACAGUAAUGCCGCGGCGGAACUAGUGAAGGGUGGUUCCGCGGAGGGGGACGGGCUUGUUGUGAAGGAUUCCGCGCCUUCUUCCGCCAGUGGCGGUGAGGCGGAGGCGCAGAUUCCGCCGCUGCAGCUGAUUCUGGCGGAAGAAGGGCGCGCGGAGGGCGCAGUGUGCUUGGACGGAUCGGCCCCUGGGUUCUACUAUCGGAAGGGCUACGGCUCGGGACAGAACAACUGGGUGCUGUAUUACGAGGGCGGCGCGUGGUGCGCGUCCCCCCACGCCUGCGCGUGGCGGGCGCGCACGCACCUGGGGUCCACGGACCACGCGCGCUCAGCGGCGGAGAUGGUGGAGAGGGAGAACGGCAGCAUGAACGGCAUGCUCAGUGCCAACCGCACCGUCAACCCUGAGCAGGUGAAACCCAUCACUGACUUCCCUGCCACCACCACUGCUGCUGCCACCGCUGGAUUGAAGGCGCAGCGUGGCAGCACAGCACUGCCGUUGAUACGCCUGUUUACCUUCCGUCGCGCGCUCUUUCCACCUGCUCUGCUCUUCCCCUAUUAUGCUGGACACGGUAGUCGCCACCAGGCUGCAGUCGCCACCAGGCUGCAGUCACCUCUGCUCCCACCACGCACACCCGGAAUCCUCCCCUGUCCACGUGCUUGUGCUAUCCCCGUGCAUCCACCAGGCUUCUACAACUGGAACGCCGUCUAUUUCAUCUACUGCGAUGGCGGCUCAUUCGCAGGCGACCAGGACGAGCCGAUUUACUUCAAUGUCAGUCACCUUCCCCUCCGCCUAUCCGCCCUUAUUCCUCUCCACAUCUCCACCUAUCCGCCUCUCUGCCUCUCCCUCGCUACCUCUCUGCCUCUCCCUCGCUACCUCUCUGCCUCUCCCUCGCUACCUCUCUGCCUCUCCCUCGCUACCUCUCUGCCUCUCCCUCGCUACCUCUCUGCCUCUCCCUCGCUACCUCUCUGCCUCUCCCUCGCUACCUCUCUGCCUCUCCCUCGCUACCUCUCUGCCUCUCCCUCGCUACCUCUCUGCCUCGCCCUCGCUACCUCCCGCCUUCCCCCUCCCCCAGGGCAUUCCGCUGUACCUGCGCGGAAGGCGAGUGGCGGACCUGCUGGUGAAGCUCCUAGUGGAGAAGAAGGGGCUUGGCCACGCAGACAGGGUGGUUGUUUUUCAGCAGGAGGGGUGGCGGCGCUGCUGCACUGCGAUCGAGUGAGGGACACUCUCACAGCCGCCUCUCCCUCCAUGCACGUCCGCUGCCUUGCGGAUGCCUCCAUGUUCCUCGACAUUCCAGAUGUGAACAACACUCGGAGGGUUGCCAACUUUUUUGCUGAAGUGCACGACAUGCAUAAUCUGACCGCCAGCCUCCCAGAAGCGUGUGUGAAGGAGCGAGAGCCAGAGAAGCACCAUGAGUGCUUCAUGGCCAGCCAUAUUCUGCAGCACGUCUCCACGCCUCUCUUCCUCAUCAACAGCAACUACGAAAAAGUUGCAACUACCGCAAGGCAGUGGCCUCAGCAGCAGCUCCUCUCCUCCACACCGACCCACCGCCAUCCACCUCUUCGUCACCAUCUCCACCGCACUCCACACCUGCGAACGCCGUCUUCCUCUUCUCCUGCUUCCAGCACGGCUCGAUACACUCCGAUAUGCCGUGGACUGUGCGCACGGCAAAAGGAGUGGUACGUGCCAUCCGGGCUGUGUGUAGCAGUAGAGUCGUGCUAA